CCUUGGAGGUGGGAGGGGUCGCUCACGCCUAGAUAAGAUAAGAUAAAGUUUGUUUGCCACACAACUUUUGGAUUAGUUUCAGUAGCAGUAGCAGUGGCAAUUGUUAUGUUGCCUUUGACUUGUUGCUAACUUUUUUUCCCUAGUUUGUGCGUUUCAAAGUUCAUUGGCAAUAAAACAGUUUAAUUAAUAUGGCAGCUUCUUCUGAACUAGUAAGCCUUGACGAACUUGUUGCGAGUUCACUUUCAGGGUUGGCACUGAAUGAAUUCAAUAGAAUUCACUAUGGAAGAAUUGAUCACCACGCAAUAAAAAUUAAAGACUGCAACAAGCAGUCCGCUACUGACAACUCCUUUGAAAUUGCUGCUUAUGAAUUUCCUGCGAAGCCUGAAGAAACUAGAAAUCCGAGACUAGUGAAAGUGGGGGUAGUUCAACAUUCGAUUGCAACAACUACCGAUAAACCUAUAGUCGAGCAGAGAGAGGCAAUAUUCAACAAAAUUCGCAAAAUUAUAACUGCUGCUGGCGAGGAAGGGGUAAAUGUAUUAUGUUUACAAGAAGCAUGGAGUAUGCCAUUUGCGUUUUGUACUAGAGAGAAGCAACCUUGGUGCGAGUUUGCGGAAUCUGCUGAAGAUGGCCCAAGCACGCAAUUUUUAAAGGACUUGGCUGUGAAGUAUGACAUGGUCAUUGUAUCUCCUAUUCUUGAAAGAGAUGAAGCCCAUGGUGAAACCAUAUGGAAUACAGCUGUGGUCAUUAAUGAGCAGGGCAAAGUCAUCGGAAAACAUAGGAAGAACCACAUUCCACGAGUUGGGGACUUCAAUGAGUCCACCUACUACUUUGAAGGCAACACUGGUCACCCUGUUUUCCAGACCAAGUAUGGCAAGAUUGCAAUAAACAUUUGUUAUGGCCGCCACCAUCCUCAGAACUGGAUGAUGUUUGGUAUAAAUGGAGCAGAGAUUGUAUUCAACCCAUCAGCCACAGUGGCUGGCUUGAGUGAACAUCUGUGGGCAGUGGAAGCCCGUAAUGCUGCUAUUGCUAACAGCUAUUUCACUGCUGCUAUUAACAGAGUUGGAUCAGAGCAGUUCCCCAAUGAGUUUACUUCGGGAGAUGGAAAACCAGCUCACAAGGAGUUUGGCCAUUUCUAUGGUUCAAGCUACAUGACAGCCCCUGAUGGCUGCCGAACUCCAGGCUUGUCUAGAGUCAAGGAUGGACUGCUGAUUGCCCAGAUGGACUUGAAUCUCUGUCGUCAGGUCAAAGAUAAAUGGGGUUUCACUAUGACUCAGCGUCUGGAUCUGUAUGCUGAGAGCCUUGCCAAGGCUAUUAAGCCUGAUUACAAACCCCAAAUUAUCCGCAAUAAUUAAUAAAUAUAAUCUCAUGUUACAAUUAUCUAAGUCAAAAAUGAAUUGGCCAUAUAUUAUUAUACUAUUGUUAUCUUUUA